UCGAGUGGGAGUUGAACCGAAUGUGCUUUCAUUUGAGAAACGUCGCUCGCUUCCAAGUUUAAGGGAAAACAAUAUCGGCGAAGGCAUUCGGAAUUUUUGCACAGUUUUAUUGCGUUUGUCUCUGAGGGCUUGGAUUGAGAAGGCACACGUCGCCGGUUGGGAUAUAAAUAUUAGAAAAUAUGAGUGUAGAGGCGUACGGGCCGAGCUCGCAGACUCUCACCUUCCUGGACACGGAGGAAGCAGAGCUGCUUGGAGCCGAUACCCAGGGCUCGGAGUUCGAGUUCACCGAUUUCACCCUGCCGAGUCAGACUCAGACGCAAGGCCAAACACAGAGCCAGUUGGACAACCAGGUUAACGGACCGGACGGAGUAUCGCAAAACGGCGAAGAUGCUGUUGUGAAAACCAGUCAACUUCUGGCUGAGCUGAAUUUUGAAGAAGAUGAGGAGGACACCUAUUACACCAAGGAUCUUCCUGUGCAUGCGUGCAGUUAUUGUGGCAUCCAUGAUCCUGCUUGUGUAGUGUAUUGCAACACCAGCAAGAAAUGGUUCUGCAAUGGUCGUGGCAACACCUCCGGCAGCCAUAUUGUCAAUCACUUGGUGAGGGCCAAAUGUAAGGAGGUGACCCUGCAUAAAGAUGGCCCAUUAGGGGAGACUGUGUUGGAGUGCUACAACUGUGGCUGUCGUAAUGUCUUCCUCUUGGGCUUCAUCCCAGCCAAGGCUGAUUCUGUUGUGGUGCUCCUGUGCAGGCAGCCAUGUGCCAGUCAGAGCAGUCUGAAGGACAUUAACUGGGACAGCUCCCAGUGGCAGCCUUUGAUCCAAGAUCGCUGCUUUCUGUCCUGGCUGGUGAAGAUUCCGUCUGAACAGGAGCAGCUGAGGGCGCGUCAGAUCACUGCUCAGCAGAUCAACAAACUGGAGGAGCUGUGGAAGGAAAAUCCUACAGCAACACUUGAGGAUUUGGAGAAGCCUGGUGUGGACGAGGAGCCUCAACAUGUGCUGCUUCGCUAUGAGGAUGCUUACCAGUACCAGAACAUAUUUGGCCCACUUGUGAAAUUGGAGGCAGACUAUGAUAAGAAGCUCAAAGAGUCCCAGACCCAAGACAAUAUAACUGUCAGGUGGGACUUGGGACUGAAUAAAAAGAGGAUUGCUUAUUUCACACUUCCCAAGACGGAUUCAGGUGACAUGCGUCUGAUGCAAGGGGAUGAGAUCUGUCUGCGUUAUAAGGGAGACAUGGCUCCUCUUUGGAAGGGAAUUGGACAUGUCAUCAAGGUCCCUGAUAACUAUGGUGAUGAGAUUGCUAUUGAACUGAGGAGUAGUGCUGGAGCUCCUGUGGAGGUGCCCCACAACUUCCAGGUGGACUUUGUAUGGAAAUCCACUUCCUUUGACCGCAUGCAGAGUGCCCUGAAAACAUUUGCAGUGGAUGAAACCUCAGUAUCUGGCUACAUCUACCACAAGCUACUUGGCCAUGAGGUGGAGGACGUGAUCAUUAAAUGCCAGCUACCAAAGCGCUUCACUGCCCAAGGCCUGCCUGACCUCAACCACUCACAGGUAUAUGCUGUGAAGACUGUGCUGCAGCGUCCUCUCAGUCUCAUUCAGGGCCCUCCUGGUACUGGCAAGACGGUCACCUCAGCAACCAUUGUUUACCACCUGGCCAGACAGGGCAACGGGCCAGUGCUGGUAUGUGCCCCCAGUAACAUUGCUGUAGAUCAGCUGACAGAGAAGAUUCACCAGACUGGGCUGAAGGUAGUGCGUCUGUGUGCUAAGAGUCGGGAGGCUAUUGAUUCUCCUGUGUCCUUCCUCGCCCUGCACAACCAGAUCCGCAACAUGGACAGUAUGCCAGAAUUGCAGAAGCUACAGCAGCUGAAGGACGAGACUGGAGAGUUGUCCUCCUCAGAUGAGAAACGCUACAGAGCCCUUAAACGCACAGCAGAAAGAGAGCUGCUUAUGAAUGCAGAUGUGAUCUGCUGUACUUGUGUGGGUGCAGGUGAUCCUCGCCUGGCUAAGAUGCAGUUCCGCUCCAUCCUGAUAGACGAGAGCACCCAGGCCACUGAGCCAGAGUGCAUGGUACCUGUAGUGCUGGGAGCCAAGCAGCUGAUCCUGGUGGGUGACCACUGCCAGUUGGGCCCAGUGGUGAUGUGUAAAAAGGCAGCUAAAGCAGGAUUGUCUCAGUCUCUGUUUGAGAGGUUGGUGGUGCUGGGCAUCAGACCCAUCCGUCUCCAAGUGCAGUACCGUAUGCACCCGGCACUCAGCGCCUUUCCCUCCAACAUCUUCUACGAAGGAUCCCUCCAAAAUGGAGUUACUGCCGCUGACCGCCUCAAGAAAGGCUUUGACUUCCAGUGGCCUCAGCCAGAUAAGCCCAUGUUCUUUUAUGUGACGCAGGGCCAGGAGGAAAUUGCUAGCUCGGGCACCUCCUACCUCAACAGGACCGAGGCUGCUAAUGUAGAGAAGAUUACCACUCGCUUACUGAAGGCUGGAGCCAAACCUGACCAAAUCGGUAUCAUCACACCGUACGAGGGCCAGCGUUCCUAUCUGGUGCAGUACAUGCAGUUUAGCGGCUCUCUGCACACAAAACUGUACCAGGAGGUGGAGAUAGCUAGUGUGGAUGCCUUCCAGGGCCGAGAGAAGGACUUCAUCAUUCUGUCCUGUGUCAGGGCCAAUGAGCACCAGGGCAUCGGCUUCCUCAAUGAUCCACGUAGGCUCAACGUGGCCCUCACCAGAGCGAGAUAUGGUGUUAUCAUUGUGGGGAAUCCUAAAGCUCUGUCCAAGCAGCCGCUGUGGAACCACCUGCUGAAUUAUUACAAGGAGCAAAAGGUUCUGGUGGAGGGACCUCUCAACAAUCUGAGAGAGAGUCUUAUGCAGUUCAGCAAACCUCGGAAGCUUGUGAACACUAUUAACCCUGGAGCUCGGUUCAUGAGCACUGCGAUGUAUGAUGCCAGAGAGGCCAUGAUACCUGGAUCAGUGUACGAUCGCAGCAGCACUGGACGUCCAUCAAAUAUGUACUUCCAGACUCACGACCAGAUUGGGAUGAUUGGGGCAGGGCCAAACCCCAUGGCCUCAAUGAACAUCCCCAUUCCCUUCAACCUGGUUAUGCCCCCCAUGCCCCCACCAGGCUACCUGGGCCAGGUUAACGGCCCUGCUGCUGGCCGUGGGGCUCCGAAGGGUAAGACAGGUGGUCGUGGGGGUCGUCAAAGGAACCGUGGUGUGGGUAACCAUGGCAGUGGGCAGGCCAACAUGGCCAGCAGCCAGGCCAGCCAGGACCUGGUGUCUCAGCCCUUCUCCCAGGGCCCCCUAACCCAGGGAUAUAUCACUAUGAGCCAGCCCUCACAGAUGAGCCAGCCAGGCCUGUCCCAGCCUGAACUCUCUCAGGACAGUUACCUGGGUGAUGAGUUCAAGUCGCAGAUGGACGUGGCAUUGUCCCAGGAUUCCACAUACCAGGGUGAACGGGCAUACCAACAUGGAGGAGUGACCGGACUCUCUCAGUACUAGAGUGUUGUUGGAACGGGAGCUAGGCCUAUGCUGAGCUUAGUUCAUCAGCAUUUUAAAUCUGGGUAAAUAUUAAAAAAGAACAAACAUGGAUGCCCGUUUUCCACUGUUACAACUGAAGCACCAUGGUGUGAGAGCAACAGGAGAGAAUCAAACCAAUCACACGAGUGAAAAAAGAGGGAGAAAAGCAGGACAGGAAGAGAGAACGAGAGAGAGUGGAGGGGGGGAAAUCACCACCACUCACUAAGGCUGGGAAAGGAGGAGAGAGGAGGAGACGCAGCGUAGGAGGAGACGAUGUGGGAGAGAAAACAAACGAGAUCUUCGAUCUGCAACUCCGCAAAGUCGAGGCACCUCCUGGGGAGCAGGGGGGCCCCUCCCCUGCCUCCUCUCUCUCGCUGCCAGGCUGCAGCCGGCGGCCGCAGACCUCGCUCUGCCACCCGAGACGGAGAGAAGAUGAAGUUCUCUUAUAAAACUACCUGCAAAAAAUACCAAGCUUGCUCUGUCGUCUCCACAAGCUGAAAGAGGGGGUGACGUCUUUCAAAAAAAAGAAAAAUAUAUAUUAAAAAAAACGCUUUCAAGCAGCUGAUUCUGGGAAAAUUUUCCCUUCAAAGUUGAGAUCUGACAUUCAGGUACUGCCACCGGACAUCUUGAGAAUGGGGAAAAAUCAACGGAGGAUGCUUGUUAUUUAUUUUUGUUUUUGGUUUGUUUUUUGUUUGUUUUUUUUUCUUUUUAUGGUGGUAGUUUAAUCUCUGAAAAUGGUGCCAGGAGUCACUGAGGAAGGAUUCAACUCAACUUUGAGGAAAGUUUUCUGGCUGAAGUCGGUGGAGUAGAGGUUCAGGAAUGGAGAGCCUGUGAGAGAUGUCACUUGCUCUCUGCUGUGAGACUCUGCUCUGGGUGAUUCACAAACAGAAAAAAGAAAUGAGGGGGGGGUGGGAGUCUUUUAACAAGUGGCUUUGGGAAGUUUUUUUUUUUUUUUUAAAUAAAGGCUAAAGAUUUGUAUCUGAAGAGCAGAAAUGGAAGGGCUGAAAGAUUUUUCUUUUUUUCCCUCUUCAUUUUAAAUAUAUUUUGUUGAAGUAGAAUAGAACAUGCGGUAGAACAGCGUUCGUUAACUUGCUGGAUUUAGACGUGGCAGUUGAAUGGCUUGUUGAUUUCUCCAUACAGCAAACUUGCAGUCACAGGCCCACCAGACAAUGAGCCAAAUAAUGCAUAAAAGCCCACGUAAAACCGCCAAGAUUUCACCUCGCACAAAUGCCCUCGCACAUUCACUGGAGUACAGGAAACUGAAGUUGGAGAGAGAUGUUAUGGUUUCAAAGAGAGUUAAAGGAAUGACCUGAAGCUGUAGGAAGAUCCAAAACAUUGCUGUAGCAUGCAGGAGCAUUUAUGGUGAGUGGGGCAGCUAGACUUCAUGUUUCUAGGUCUUCAGUACUGUGCCAAAAAUCAGGAUGCUUCCACCAACAGGCAGAGUCGCAAAACCAAGGUUGAAUUUUUUUUUUUUCUCCCCCCUUAAACCACCCCACCUGCUUUAAAAAUUCAGGUUGACAGGUGCUGAUAUCUGACUCCAUUGAGCUCUUGGAUUGAACUAGCCACAUUUGUGAAUUUGACCCAUAAUGGCUGAGAGAACAUACAAGAAAAAAAUGGCCCAGAAUCACCAGAGUCGCAGUGGUGGCUAUUUGUUAAAGAAGGCUGUGAAAGGGCAGACGGGAUAGAUUCUCUCUGUUUGUCUGUUUCCCACAAGCAGACUGAAAAGAGUGUGCAUAGACAGUAAUGUUCUGAUACGGAGGUGUGCCUCCUUAUUAACUGUCCCUCUUUUGUUUUGUGAUUAGUAGUAGUUUUAUCAUUAUUUUUUCUGUCUUGUUUCUGUUCCUUUGUUUUUUUUUCCUUUCCCCACCCACUGUCUUGAUUUGUUAGCACCAUGCACAUUUUUCAUUUUGUACAGUCUUUAUGAACGUGAGGUGUACCACAUUAUCUACUUUCAGCUGUUCAUCGCAGUCCAAGAAUAAUGGACUUUUCAUGUUUUGCCUAGUUUUUGCUCUUUUUUAAGUUGUGCUCAUUUAAAGCUUUACUGCAACAACCCUUGAUGGUCGCCUUGUCAUCCUACUGAAACCAGGAAUAUUCAUGCCUUGCUGUUAUUCCAUGCCUAGUAUCACAUCUGUUUGAAUUUGCUGCCAUCGGUCUCAUAGCACUAACCUGGAACACCUUGCCCCAGUGUUCUUUUGAAACUAUUUCAAUUUUGGCUGCCCAACUGAUAAAUGUAAUGGAUUUCUAACCGAUGCACCAGUUGCAAAAAAAGUUUGAACAUCUAGAAAACUUUCACUGCUUGUGUGCAUAGUGCUUAGGUCUUGAUAGUUAUUCUCCCUGUUUGUACUAUCUAACCUCAAUGUAGACUGUAAAUCUAAGAGAUUAGGAUAUUGAAUAUCCAGGAAAUUGAAUAUCCAAGACAUGCCUUUCUCAUGUUCUCAACUUUUUAAAGAAAUUCAUUCCUCUUAUACGAUUGAAUUAGUCUGGAUUUCUUUACUUCAGUCAUCUUUGCGAUCAAACCAAAUUUUGUAAACAUGUCAGUGAUUAAAUGAGGUUUGUUGAUUUCUUCAUAUGACAUGGCCUACAGCAAAAAAUACCCUAGAGAAUCCCUGCAGUAUGAAAGUUUGGUGGGAUAGAUAGACUGUCUUCACCUGAAGGGAAACGACUGUGUCACACUCAACUGUGAGAGGACGACCUGUUGAGGUUGCAUUCAGUGAAAUUAAAACUUGAAUGAGAGUGAAUACUGAUGGGAUGCCAGCAGUACCUUCACCCACCGGAGGGAACGAUAAAUUGACACUGAAAAUGAUUCGGAGGAUUUGAAUCACCAGAGACCAGAUUUUGUUUAAUGGAAGGUUUUUUUUCCCCCUACAAUACGUAAUUCUUGUAAUGUUACAGAAAUAAAUGUUGCUUUAUUUCACACAAAUAAGACUGGUUGCUUCACUUUUAAGGCUAGUUUCUAACAAAUGUGAAGAUUCCUGCAGUCUGAAAACAAGAAUGGAAACCCUUUAAGACCGAUUACAACAGUAUGUGAUGUAAUCUUAAUUUCAUAUGUAAAUCAUUUAUUGUGCCUUGGAUUAUAAAAAAAAUAUAUCUGUAUUUUUUGCAUUUUC